ACCGGAAGCUGAAGGGCCGCGGCGCCGUAGCCUUAGCAACGCCGGCGAGCGUCUCCUGUCAGAGCCCGCCGCUAUGGCGGAGACGGCAGCGGCUUUAACGCCCACCCCGACACCGGUCACAACGCCGGUAGGCCGGCCGACCAGCGGCCCCAGCCCCGCCCGCGUCUACAGCCUGCGCCCGGCCUUCCACCACAGAUUUCGUUCUUCGAUGGUGAAAGAUUGCAUCCGUGAAGUGUUGAAGGAGGAGUUGGCCAACGUACAGUAUACCCCAGAAGAGAUCUCAGCCCGCACCAAAGUACUAUCAGAGAUAAUCCGGGACAGACUGAAAGAUAAAGGAUUUCACCGAUAUAAAAUAGUUGUGCAAGUAGUGAUUGGAGAGCAGAGAGGCGAGGGAGUUAACAUGGCUGCCCGUUGUUUUUGGGAUGCUGACACCGAUAACUAUGCUCAGGAUGUUUUCAUGAAUGACAGUCUUUUCUGCGUCGCUGUUGCCUUUGGGUGUUUUUUCUACUAGUGCUGACCGCAAAUUCAAAGAAGAAAGACUUUUGUUUUAAAGAUACUGAAAAAGCAGGACUACAUGCUGCAUUUCCCUUCCUCCCUCUGUGUUGUGCAUGUGUGCACAGGCAUGUAUAUAUAUCUGUGUAUAUAAUCCUUUGUAUGAAACGUAUUUUCCAAAUGACACUUUUGAGAUACCACAGGCUCCUGUUACUGCCGCUCUGUAUAUAAAUAGAGCUUCCACCACAACUCCCCUGAAAGGGGAGCACAACUCCUGUUCAGUUCUCUGGGGCUUGCAUAAGUAAUUUCCCUGUUGUAUUCAUCCCUGUGUUUAGUGACAUCUGUGCAUGGUACCAAAUGUGACCAUCUAAAUCAGUGUUUUUCAACCUUGGCAACUUUAAGAUGUGUGGACUUCAACUCCCAGAUUCCCCAGCCAGCUUAGUUGAAGUUCACACAUCUUAAAGUUGCCAAGGUUGAGAAACACUGCUCUAAAUAUUUAGCAACAAUUACUCUUACCCUUGUAAAACCAUUGCAUAUGUCUCAAUCUAUUUCAGUAUUUUGAAAACUCAAGUGAGUUAUAAUAUAAUACCUUGUAUUAUUAAUCACUGUGUCUUUCUACAUGAGUUCUGUUCCUCACUGUGUGCUGAAAGUUCUCCUCUCUCUUCUAGAGAUAUUUCCAUACUCAUUUUCUGUUUUAUUCUGUCAACAUAGAACAGAAGUAAAGGCGCCACUUAAAACUACA